ACCAGUUUGCGCACCCGACCUUCUUCCCUUUUAUCAUUUCCGUGUUCCUCCUUGGCAUCGACUCCCCGCCCUAAACUGCGUUUAUUCCCCUGAGCUUCGAUUGAAUAUGCUGAGGAUUGCGGGAAGAAGGUUUUCCUUUUUAUCUUGGAGACCGUGUGCAGCUCCUGCCUGCUCUGCUCCGAGAAAUCUGAGCCAAGGAGACAAGUUGAGUGAUGGUUGGAUGCCUGCCGUGGGGACUUCGCCGCUUCUGGCUCCCAAGAGUGAUUUCAAUGGAGUGUACAGAGGAUUCUCAACUGAAUCUCUAGUCCCCAGACAUCAAGAUGUGGGCUUAUCCGAUCACCCUCCCACCACCGCUGCUCUAAAGAACCCGACCUCACAAAUCCUCUACGACGAAUACAAUCAUGAACGAUAUCCCCCCGGAGAUCCCAGCAAGCGAGCUUUUGCCUAUUUCGUCCUAACCGGCGGACGAUUCGUAUACGCCUCGUUACUCCGUCUGUUCAUUCUAAAGUUCGUGCUAAGCAUGUCGGCGAGCAAAGACGUCCUCGCCUUGGCUUCUCUAGAGGUUGACCUCUCCAGCAUCGAGCCAGGUUCAACGGUAACCGUGAAAUGGCGUGGAAAGCCGGUCUUCAUAAGGCGUCGAACCGAGAACGAUAUCAAGCUGGCUAACAGCGUGGAUGUCACUUCGCUGCGCGAUCCCGAGGAAGAUGUUGCGAGGGUGAAGAAUCCUGAGUGGCUUGUUGUGGUGGGUGUGUGCACUCAUCUGGGCUGCAUCCCUCUGCCUAAUGCUGGUGAUUUUGGUGGCUGGUUCUGCCCUUGCCAUGGAUCACAUUAUGAUAUUUCUGGGAGGAUUCGGAAGGGACCGGCGCCGUAUAAUUUGGAAGUUCCUACAUACACUUUCUUGGACGAGAACAAGUUGCUGAUUGGUUAAAUACUUGUUGAUCAUAUGAUGAAUUAUGAUAAAAAUCAAUUAUAUUGUAUGUUUUAUGCCUAAAAAAUGGCAGGAUUUUUUUUAAUCUUUUUGCUUAAUGACAUGUUUAUUUAUGUGGAA